UGUUGUAAAAAUUACAGCUCAUUUCGCCUCCAUAGUUCAAGAGUUAACCUUCGUCUCUGAAUUCUGAAUCUACUGCUUUUGUCUUAAAUUAGAAAAUAUUAAUUUUGCUGCUUUGUAGAAUAUUCCCCGUGCGUCGUGGCCUGCCAAACUCGGCACAACAGCGGCAGCAAGUGAAACGGUCAGCUGUCAGCCGUCGUUAAGAUAAUUCAAGUUCCUGCUUUAGAAGGAACCAUCACAUUUGAUUAAUGGAGGCUGUUUUAAACUGCAAACCUGGGGAUUUGGAAGAUUAUUACGGUCUAUUAGGAUGCAAUGAGUUGUCAUCGACAGAACAAAUUCUCAGUGAGUACAAGAUCAGAGCCUUGUCAUGCCACCCAGACAAACACCUAGACAACUCCAAAGCAGUGGCUGAAUUUCAAAAGCUACAGGAAGCCAAAGAGGUUUUAUGCAAUGACACCAAAAGAAAAAACUACGACCUAUGGAAAAGAAGUGGAGUUGCUAUCCCAUUCCAUGACUGGCAAGCUUUGAAUGACUCUGUAAAGACUUCAAUGCACUGGGCUGUGAGAAAUAAAAAAGAACCUAUGUUGGAGGCAGCAAAGGCAGAAACACCCACAACGACUCAGGAAGAGGACCUUCACUGUGAGCAGGAAGCACCCGAGAUGCCCUCGUGUGAAGCCAUGCUCUCCUCAAGUGAUUACUGUCAUCGCCGUUUCCGCUGGACUGCUGAUUCACCAUCAAGUCUGCUGCAGAAGUUCAGAAAUUAUGAAAUUUGAAUAUUACACCUUCUUUUGUUUGUGGAUAUGUGUGGUCCAGCGUUGAUGUAAUUCCAUGUGGGAAGUUGAAAUGUUAAGUGUGGAAUCUUAUCAGAUGUUAUGAAUAUGCCGUGUUGUUGUUUUGCUUAUCAAAGCAUAGGUGAUGUGAACCGAUACUGUUAGACUUUUAUUGUUUCAUUUUGCUGACCCAAUGUUGAAUACAGCCGUUCAUGUGUAUUAUUUUUCUCCUUGUUAUAUGUACAUUUAGAAGAGCAUUAAUAUAACUAUGUGUCGUGCUCAGUGUCUUAUCUGUUCAUAAUUUUUUAGAAUGGCAGUGCAUGUUCGAAGAUCAUUCGAAAUUUUGGAAUGAAUCCGCAUGAAGUUAGAGGCAACCUGUGUUUUGGGGAGAUCAGCUAUUGCAAAUGAUAGGCGUUAACAGGUCGAGCAACAUUUUGAAACGUCUCCUACACACACUCCACCAUUAGAGGUCGCCAUUAUCUCCUGGUGACGUCAUGUAUGAUACAAGAUAAAAGCACCACGAUAUACUGUGUUUUCCGCCGGGUGCGGUGGCGCGCGCCUGUAAUCCAAGCUACUGGGAGGCUGAGGUUGGAGGAUCGUUUGAGCUCAGGAGUUCUGAGCUGCAGCGGACUAUGUCGAUCGGGUGUCCGCACUAAGUUCGGUACCGAUAUGGUGCUCCUGAGGGAGCCCGGGACCACCAGGUCGCCUAAGGAGGGGUGCACCGGCCCAGGUCGGAAACGGAGCAGGUCAAAGCCCCCGUACCGCUCAGUAGUGGGAUCGCGCCUGUGAAUAGACGCUGUAGUGCAGCCUGAGCAAUACAGCGAGACACGAUCUUUUUAUAUAUACUCUAUAUUUUUACAUCAUGCAACACACCUGCUGCACGGCCGUUUUAGAAGAUCUUUACACUAACGUUCCUAUUUACUUUCCUUUCGGAAACACUGCCUCCUCCUGGAGAAAGGGAGCACUACAUAUACGCCACACUAGCUGGGCAGCAUCCAUCCAUCCAUUUUCUAUGGGGUGUGUGGGGUCGCGGGGGCAUGCUGGAAAAAAGUGUAAUGUAGCGAGGAAAAGCUGUAAUUGUGGAAUUAUUAAUAAUAAUAGGCAUUGUCUCCUAUAACACAAAGCUGACUUUGAAUACAUAAAACAUUUUUUUUCCCUGAUCUAAACCUUCUGGCCAAUGGAUUAAUUCUUUUAGGGCGUACUUGUUACGUUCUCCUUUUGCACGCCUGCCUUUUCCGCCUGCUUCUUUUUUGCCCACAGACCUCCCUUCUCUGGCGGGUGGCGGUUCUACUGAGCACACCUGUAAUGGAUUACUGCUGCUACUUAGGUUCACCGCUGACAGCUGAAUGUUGCAGGAUCCUCUCGUUUUUGGUACGUUCUCCUUAUCCACGUUUUCAUUCUACCGCUUUUUCUUGCAGUUGUGCGCACAUGUUUUUAGACACAUUUUCCUCUGACUAACUGCCCUGUGGACCCCGGCCUCCUGCCGUGCUUGAGAAUUCCUUUUGUUUUUGGAUUGCUCCACGAUGCGCCUUUUUGCCCCAUCGCCUUGUGUUUUACUUUUUCACACUAGGCCUGUUUGCUUGUCCCAUCAUGUUUUUCCAUAUUACUGCAAUUCCCCU